AUGGGGAUUGUGCAUAGUGAGUGUGGUGUGUUUUUAGGGGAUCCAGUGAGAAAUCCAUGGUCGGACAACAGGCAGCUACGCGAUGAAAAAUGGAAGGCUUGCGUUGUAUUUGGUGUAGGUGUUUCUUGGCCGAAAAAUGAGGAGAUGGUGUUGGUGCAAAAAUUCAAUGACCACGGUGACCUGAAAAUGCUUGAAGAAGUAAGAAUAAUUGAAAAACCCCAUUUCGGGUGUAUAUGUGUUAUGGGUACUCAAGAAUUGUUGCGGCAUGUGGGUAUGCUGAAUGGGGCUGCAAUUACUUCAUAUGAAAAUGGUUUCGAGCACGUGGGUAGUGAAAACGAGUUGGAGCGAGUGGAUAUUCAGGAUUUGACUGACCUAAUGGUUAAGGGAGACAGGAUAGGGCGACUGAAUAGUGAUGAAAAGGCAAAUUUAGUUGAUGAGGUUUUGGAAAACUUGGAGGAGUAUUGGGAAGAUAUGAGUAACCGGUUAAUAAUUUCACCGAUGGUGAGUGACUCAGUUAUAAAGGGGAUGGUGAAUGCCGUGGAACAAGAGGCGGCUGAGAAAAUUGCAGCCAAAGACUUGGAAGUGGAAAAACUGAAGGAACGAUUACGAUCCUGCAAUGUGUGUGUUGAUAAAUUUGAGCCUCUAGAGUCACCUGUAUUUCCAAGCUAUUUAGAAAAUGGGAAUCGUGAGAGGAGUUUGAUGUUGUCAGAUGCGUAUGUGGACCCUGACAGAGUCAGGGAGUCUUUGUGCGGUUUAAGAAAUGAGGCAAGAGAGCAGUUCAAGAAGGUUAAGAUGGAGCUCGAUGGUGUAAGAGGAUGUAAUAACAUUAAAAGGAUUGGUUCAGGUUCUCAGUUGGUAGGUUUGGGUGAAAUUUUGCACGAGAAGGAAUCAGAAAGCUGGCUGCGUGUGGAUAGGACACUAGAUCAUUUAAACAAAGUGGUGGACACCAUCUGCACGCAGGUGGAUGAUAUGCUUCAGUCGUCUAAAAAAUCAAUUGUGGAGUGGCAGCAGGAGAGACAUAUACAAGGAGAAAUUGAGGAUAUGGUGAUGCAGAGUGUAAUUAGGAGUCUUCAAGAGGAGUUUAAAGAGAAAUUAUGGGAACAAAAUGCUCAAUUUUGUGGCAGUCCCAUCAAGAAUUUGCUUGAAAAGUUUGAAGAUAUUUCUAGUUUACGCACCAAGUUAGAUUCAAUCCUGAACUCGCUCUCUCAUCCUGAAACAGAGUUAGUUACUCAUGGAUCUCAUGAUAUGGAUCAUAUUCUUCAUAAGGGCUUGAGCAACCAUGUUACACAACCGGCAACUCUUUUGGAGGAAAAUGGAAAAUUGGAGGCAUCUGAAACUGUCGUCACUGAGAAUUUUGAGCAUGCGCAGUUAAAGCACUUGACAACAGAAGAACUGGUGAAUUAUUUCAAUGAGACCAUAACAAAGAUGAGGCGGGACCAUGAGUCUGCUUUGCUACAAAGCACUGAAGAAUAUUUUACUCUAAGGCGGGAGUACCUUAACCUGAAGAGAUCUUUUCUGUCCCAUAGGAAAGAUGAGGAAUUUGAUGUGUUGAGGAAAAAGAUUCCUGAAAUUAUUUCAAAACUGGAUGGUUUCCAUUUAGAAACUGAUAAAUUUUCUGCAUUAACCAAUAAUGCAGAGUGUCUGGUUAAAUUGAAGGAAAGACUCAACACCGUUCUCUGCGAAAAUCGUCAACUCAGAGAUGCACUUACUGAUAAGAAAAAUGAAGUUAACUGUCUAGAAUCACAGGUUUCUGAUGCUGCAAGGAAAACGUUGCAGCAUUAUGCGGCUGAGGAAGACAUGCUAAAGCUUCUAGGAAAUCUUAAUUCAGCAAUGGAAGAUAUGCGUGUAGAAGCUUCCCUUACUGAAGAAGUCUAUAAAUGUGUUUUGAAGGAGCUGGAUGGACUGAUGAGACGUGACGCUGAAGAAACCAACAUGGAGUUUCUUAUUAUGAGGGAAGUUUAUGAUAUACUUCGCAGUGGAGCAGCUGUCCCUGCUGAAACUACAAUCAAAUAUGAAAUUGAAGAUUCAGAAAUUGAAUCAUUGAUCACGCAAGGACUAUGUGAACUCUUAUUUAGGGAAGCCACAAGGGACAAUGAGGGAAAAAUCAAUGGCCUGUAUCGGAAAUAUUUAAUUGAGAAUGAAAAGAGAAUCUCUCUAGAAUCCAAAUAUCUUGAAAAGGAAAAUGAGUUAAGGUUGAAGAUUGAAGAAAAGGAAAGACUAAAGCAAGAGGUUCUCACGCUGGAAGAAUCAAUAGAAGAGAACAAGAAGUUUGCAUCGGAGUUAUCAGCUGCAUUGGCAAAAGUGAGUGCACAGUUUGAGCUAGCUUCUCAAGAGCUAAAUAAAUUAAGAGAACUUGCAAGUCGGCAGAAAAUGUCGGUUAUGGAGAGUAGCAAGGAAUUAGAGUUAGUAAAGAAUCAGCUGAGAGAAGCGUUGGACCGAAUUGAAGUAGAUAAUGUGAAUAUAAAUAUGUUGAAUCAAAAGCUUGAACAGAGCACGAGGGAGUUGAAGGAAGCUAGUGAGAAAAGAAAAUUGGCUGCUGAUCUUGCCCAGGUUAGACAUGAAACUCUAGAGAAGGAACUAAUUAAGCAAAUGAACCUGGUAACAAAAAUGCUUGAUGAUUUUGGAAGCAGGAUAUCAGGAAGUAUCAAAAAGAAUAACUCAAGGUUGAAAGAUGCACAAUCCGAAUUGAAAUCUCUUACUGAGGUAGCUAAUGUACUCAGAAGAACAGGCCAGAUGUACAAACAGAGAUUCGAGAGGAAAUGUGUGGACCUUCAAAUGGCCGAGGCUGAGGUCGAUCUUUUGGGGGAUGAGGUGGAUGUUCUUUUAAAUUUACUCAACAAGAUAUACGUUGCACUCGAUCAUUACUCUCCAGUUUUACAGCAUUAUCCUGGGAUUAUUGAGAUCCUUAAGCUUGUUCGAAGAGAAUUAACUGGAGAAGCCACAGAGACACAUCGAUGA